AUGUGGACAGGUUGGAUGAAGAAGGUCCAGGCUGAGAGUGGAAAGGAAAAAGGGAAGGCCAAGGUCUGUGUUGAUGAUGAUGGAUUUGUGGAAGACGUUUCUGAUGAAGAUGUGGACAUUGAAUUUGUGGGGGGAGGUAUAAAGGGGGAUAACCAUGAUGCUUUUGAUCCGGGGUCAGAAUCGGAUGGUGGCAAUUCGUGGCACUCUUUGGAGAUGAAAACACCACCUAAUUCAGAGGAUGAGCUGGUUGGAGAAGAAAGUUCAGAUGAGGUAUUUCCGGUGUUUAGACAGGGUGCUAGGUUCGGGGAACUACAUUUAGAAGUCGGGAUGAAGUUCAAUACUAAGUGGGAGUUCAAGGAGGCAGUGAGGGAGUUCACUAUACAAGAAGGGAGACGGAUGAGGUUUAGGAAGAACGAUGGUAAAAGGGUGAGGGCAGUAUGUAAGGUGAAGGAUUGCAAGUGGGUUGUAUACGCAUCAAGGGACCACGAAGACAGUUGCUGGCAAGUUAAGACUUUCUUCAAUGACCACACUUGUCCACGAGAGGAUAAAAACAGGGCAACAAAUAGAAAUUGGGUUGCAGGUAAGUUGGUAAAAAAACUAAGGAAAUAUCCCAAUUUCAAGAACUGUGAGGCUACAACAUAUUUCAAGACGAAAUAUGACUUGUCACUCAAUAGGAACUCUAUAUCACGGGCACUGUGUGAUGCUAGAAAUAUAGUCUAUGGGGAUGCCAAGGAGCAAUAUGCUAUGCUUAGGGACUAUGGUGAAACACUAUUGAAAACAAACCCGGGAUCAACUGUUCAGAUAUGCACAAAGCCACAGCCUAGUGGUGAGGUCAUAUUUGAGAGGAUGUAUGUCUGCUUGAGUGGCUGCAAGUCAGGUUUCAAGGCUGGCUGUCGUCCGUUAAUUGGACUUGAUGGGGCUUUUCUAAAAACUGUUUUCGGGGGGCAAAUUCUAUCGGCUGUUGGACAAGAUGCUAAUCAUCAUGUCUAUGUCAUUGCCUGGGCAGUUGUGGAAGUGGAGAACUUUGAGAAUUGGAAGUGGUUUCUAGAGUUGCUACAUGAGGAUCUUGGAGACUACAAGACCCAUGGGUGGAACUUCAUCUCUGAUAUGCAAAAGGGAUUACUGCCUGCUAUGAAAGCCGUGAUGCCUAAUGUGGGACACCAAUUCUGUGUCUGGCACUUGUGGCAAAAUUUCAAUAAGCAGUGGAAGGACCUGGAGCUUAGGGGACUGUUAUGGGAGUGUGCUAGAGCUACAACAUUUCAAGAGUUUAAGGUACAUAAAGCCACUUUUGUUGAAACUGGAGUUAGCUUACAUGGACUUCUUUCCCAACUAUUAACUGUUGAAUUUCAGGAAUACAUGGAUAUGAUAAAGUGGCUGAACGAGGACGCAUGGAAGUAUCUUGACAAGUGGCCAAGGGAGGCAUGGACGAGGUCACAGUUCAGGCACAACCCGAAAUUGGACUCAAUUUGCAACAACACCUGUGAGGUUUUCAAUUCAAAGAUCAAAGAAGCAAGGGAAAAGCCUAUACUUACUCUUCUAGAAGAGGUGAGAAUGUUUGUCAUGCGGACUAUGGCUAAGAACAAGGUUAAGUUGGACAAUCACCUGGGGCUGUUACCACCGUAA